AUGACCGAUUUACCGGCCCACGCCUCACCAAAGCUACCUCCGCAAUCGUUGCCGAGCGGACCAGAUAGACUGUCGGAAAAUGCCAGUCAAGGGAGUAGCGUGGCAGGCGAACACACUCCGGCCAUACCGGACUCACUGCUGUCGCCCGCAUUCACCCCGCCUUUGACCCCCGGUGGCACAUUAGAUUGGGAUUUGAACCCAACCAAAAUCCUCCACCAACAUCAAGCAGCAGAUAUCCAACAUAAGGCCGAGAAACCCAAAUCGCCCAAACUACUCCCGAAGCUCCCAGAGGUGGAAUGCAUCGUGCGGGCCCGGAUCCCGACAACCAAUGGGGCGGAGAUGUUCCUCCAUUUAUACCACAACGACUUGGAUGGAAAAGAGCACUUGGCCAUUGUAUUUGGAAACAACAUUCGCAGUCGGAGCUUGGAUAGCGUUCGGCCGGGGGAGACCGAGAUGGACCGAAUGAUCCGCGGCGCGUACGUGGGGAAAUUGCGCCCGGGAAGAGUCAGCAGCCGGUAUGAUGAGCAAGCUUCACCCUCGACACCGAAGCAGGUUGAGCCUCCAUUAGUGCGGAUCCAUUCGGAAUGUUAUACGGGAGAGACGGCGUGGUCUGCACGAUGCGAUUGUGGCGAGCAGCUCGAUGAGGCGGCACGUCUGAUGUCUUUCCCCGUUGAGGAUCUUGCCUCGGAUGCACCACCAGAGGUGCAGUCUCUCUCGUCACACUCGACCGGUGGCGUCAUUAUCUAUUUGCGACAGGAAGGUCGCGGAAUCGGUCUUGGAGAAAAAUUGAAGGCAUACAACCUCCAGGAUCUGGGAUCAGAUACUGUUGAGGCGAAUCUUUUGCUGAGACAUCCUGCCGAUGCCCGAAGCUAUGGUCUUGCCACUGCUAUGCUCCAAGAUCUUGGUUGUGGUGCGGAUUCUAUUCCAGAAGGAAUCCGUCUUCUCACAAAUAACCCUGAUAAGGUUCGGGCUAUCGAGGGCCCCAAUCGGGAGGUUCUUGUAAAAGAACGAGUGCCCAUGAUCCCAUUGGCAUGGAGGACUGGUGGUCAGAAGGGCAUUAAGAGCUCUGAAAUUGAAGGCUAUCUACAAACUAAGAUUUCCAAAAUGGGUCACAUGAUCCAAUAA